AUGGCUGGGAAUGUGUCUGCUAUGGAGUCAGGAUCUGAUGCGGAUCUUCAGGAGACCCUGCGGGAGGGUGAAAAGAGUUUGGAAGGAGAACCUAAACGUUCGGGGGAAGAAAGCAUUUACUCCCUAUCCGCAGCGUCUGGGGGGCUUGUCAAGUAUAGGCCCCAGUUCAAUGCGUGUCAAUCUUCCUGGAACGUCUCUAGAGAUCGAACAACAACUACAACUCUGAACUUCUUUUCGCUACAAAAAGGCAUAAAAUCAAAGACUGAGAUAUGGUGGGUUCCAUAG